GCUGUUCAGCCGUGUCUGCGUAUGUGAUGGCUUAUGACCCCGCGCUUCGAAGUCAAGCUUCCUUGCUUAUCUUCAGCCUGGGGGCCACAAUCUCUCUCCUCUUCGAACCAACAUCCACCUCUCUAUGUCCGGAAAUGCUCUUGAUACUGCCUCUCCCAUGACAUAGUUGAAUUUCUCCAUAUCUGAAACCUCCGACCGACCGCCAUGGAAGAGGCGUUGAACGUCCGGGAGUCAACGCUUUGCAAUAAAUGCUCCGUCUUGCGCUUCAACGAUAAAAGGCUAGGUGGGCACAAGGCUCAGAACAAUGAUGGACAAGAAAUCUUGAGUUUCAUUGUUGGAAACGAUUCCCAGGAACCGUGCCAGCAACUACGGUUGGACUAUUUACAGCACGACAGUUUGCCAGACUUGCCUCACUUAAAAGCCUCAGCUGAAGCGGGAUGUGCGUUCUGCGCCAUCCUACGCAGUAUGGCACUUGAACUGGGCUUUGCGAAACCUGCUCAGGUGACAUUCAAACUUUGUUACUGCUGGCAUACCCGGACGAGACCACAGUACGGGCUUUCCACGCUCGUUGCGAGUUGGCAAUCUGAGCAUAUCGAGUUUAAGACGUUAUCUAAGUAUAAUUUCGUUUUCUACAUCGACUGCGACGAAGGCAAUUGUCAGAGAUGGCUCAGAACAGCCCUUGCUCCACGGACCCAAACGUUAUGUGAGGAAAAUGUCGCUUGGAUCAGGCGAGCUUUAGAGAAAUGCAGCACCGAGUGCAGGUCGGCCUCGACAUCAGAUCUCCUACCAGCCCGCCUUAUCGACCUUGGAGGCGGCGACCAGGGAGAGAGCAUCCGUUUGAUAGAAACUCAGGACACACAAAUGCAGUCCCCAGGUCUCUAUGCCACGCUCAGCUAUUGUUGGGGUACAAAGGAACAAGCUACACGACAAAUCACGACUACAUCAGCGACUUUGUCUCAACGUCUCGACAGUAUUCACUUCGACGAGAUGACGCCCGUGAUGCAAGACAUGGUCAGAACAGCACGAGUGCUAUCAAUCAGGUAUAUCUGGAUUGAUGCACUAUGCAUUAUCCAAGAUGACCUUGGAGACUGGACGCACGAGGCUGAGCGUAUGGGAUCCAUCUAUGCGAACGCAUUCAUCACAAUCUGCGCUAUAUCGACUUACUCUUGUCUGGAUAGCUUCCUUGAUCGACCUGCCGAUUCGGUUAGCGUUGCGUUUAAAUCCUCAAUACAGCCUGAUAUAGACGGAUGUCUCAAUCUGCGCCCUCAGCGCCGCCCACUGGUCACGGCUAUCAAGCCUCCCUUGACCAGACGAGAUGCGGAUAUCGAUUCUGGUGCGUGGUUCCUCCGCGCUUGGACGCUUCAAGAAGAAGAAAUGUCACAGAGGCUACUCUGCUUUGGGGCUAGGCGAGUUCAUUUCUCGUGCCCAAUGCAAGAGAUGACUGAGAUGGAGGACAUUCACUCAAAAGCUGCAUCGAUAUUCUCGCAUAAACUGCUGCGUUAUGAGGAAGGGGAGCCUGACGAAUAUAUUCGCAGAGAAUGGCAUAGACUUGUGAGCUCAUACGUUCAUCGCCAGAGUACUAAGUCCACAGAUCGCUUUCCUGCAGUAGCAGGGCUGGCGAAGCUAGUGGCUGAAGCAACUAAAUGGACAUAUGUUGCUGGGUUGUGGAGAAACUCAUUACUUGAAGAGCUACUUUGGUACAUCGUCUUCCCGCAUAGCUGCCCCACCAGAGAAGAACUCUUGGAACGACUCGACGUCGGAUCCACCGAUAAGUAUAUUGGUCCCUCUUGGAGCUGGACCCACUGCCGCAACAUUAAGUUCCCGGAAUUCAACCCGACAAGGUCUAGAAAUUUGUGGCUCGAUGAGAUGCGGGAGAUAGACUUUCGUUCGGAGUGUCGUUACCUAGAAGCUACAUGCACUUCUGAGAGUAUCGAUGCGAAUCCCUAUGGACGACUUAAAAGCAGCAAGUUGAAGAUAAGUGGCAAGAUUAUCAAGCAAGACACCCAUUGGAGGAAAGACUUAUUCACAUCUAUCGCAACGUUUGUCCCAUGGCUAACCGUCACGUACAAGUCCUGGGUCGCCCACUGUGAUGUUGAUUGGAAUCUUGGUUUCAUAAACGAAGAGGUGAAGGGGACAGACGUUUCUCUUUUACUGCUUGCGAGUAACUACGGGCCCAAUAACGAUUAUGAUAGGAACAGAUGGGCGAUCAGUAGUGAAUCUUCGAGGCUAUUAGAAUACGACGAGAACGGCAUCAUGACAGAGGAAAGUGUGCGAGCGUGCGAGAUACCAAGCAACCGUAAUGCAUACGGGCUGCUCAUACAUCCCAUCGAUAACGGCGCUAGAUACGUCCGAGUCGGUCGGUUUCGAGCUGGAGAAGUAGGCGCAUUGUUACCAUUCAUGGAUCGCCCGUUCGAAGACAUCGAGAUCGUCUGACCAAUGCUGAGAAGAUACCGUAUGCUCAGACAACAACCACAUCUACGUCACCUAUCACGGCUUGGGGUUUCCUAAAACCUCUCGACUUACCUCGUACCUGUUGCGGCUCGAAAAUAGAACGGCAGGAAUCUAAGCAACCAAAAUAUCCGCAACGCCAUCGAUAAGGAGUAACAGGGGCUGAGAGACAGGAAGCGCAGAAGUUGACAAACACAGGACAUAAGCUAUGAGUUCAGCAUUCCAUUGCAUACAGUUACUCUAGUAGUAAUCCAAAGGUCUUUCUUUCGGACUAGAGUUUAGGUGCCUAACAUAUCACAUGAAACGACCCAAAUAUUAGCCUGACCAGGUGUCUGUUUUGGGUUGUUCAACUUGUCAUUCAAUGAGUGUGUUCAGUGGUAGCGAAG